AUGUUCUAAAAAUUUGGAUAGCAACUCAAACCUAUAAUAAAUAGAUCAUCUUCUGAAAACAAAAAAGAAUAAUCAAUAACUAAACCUAAUUAUCAUUUCACAUAAAAAAGAGAAAGAAGUGAAUCUAAAGUACAAUAAUCUAAAGUUGAAGAUUAAAAUUAGAAUAGCAUAAAACCAUAAACAAAUCUUAUUUAGAGUGUUCCAGCAUAAAGAUUGACAAUUAAGUUACCAGAUUUAAAAGGAUAUUAAAAAUAGAUGGAAAAAUCGACAUCAGGGGUUGAUUUAACUAAGAAACCUCCUCUUUUAAAGAGUAGAUUAAUAUUAGAUUCAAAAACUAAACUAUAAUAAUAAGGAUAGCAGAGUUCAUAAACAUAAAUUCUUCCUAUAAAGAGUUAAAAAGAAGAGGUUUAGGGAAGCUAAUAAUAAUAAACAAAAAAUAAAAUAAAAAUAAAUUAUUAUAGUUAAUCAAGAGCAGGGUUUGAUGGCAUAUAAGAUAAAACAAAUUAAGAUAAAGAGCUUUGUUUAUAAUUGGAUGAUAAUAAUUAUGCAUUUUCAGUAAUGGAUGGUCAUGGAAUGGAUGGUGAAUAUGUCAGUUCAUUUAUAAAAGAGUUGCUAAAAUGUAUAAAAAUGUAAUAUAUGUAGAUAAUAUAACUAAAUUUUAUAAGGCAUUUGAUUUUCAGAAAGUAUUCUUUGAAAUACAUCAAAAAAUGAAGUUUUAAUCAGAAUUUGGAUGUCAAUUUUCAGGAAGUACAUUGACUGUAGUUUUGAUAAAAGAGAAUAUUAUUUAAUGUGGAUGGGUAGGAGAUAGUAGAGCCAUUCUAGUUAAAAAGAAUAUUAAUAAUGGUUGUAAUUUAAAUGUAGUUGAAUUAUCCAUGGAUCAUAAACCACAUUUGGAUAAUGAAAGAUUAAGAAUAGAAUAAAAUGGAGGAGUUGUUGAUACUUAUCAUUUACCAAAUGGAGCACCUAUAGGACCAUCUAGAGUUUGGGCAAGAGGAGCUCAAUUUCCUGGAUUGGCUAUGAGUAGAAGUUUAGGUGAUACUGUUGCAGCUGCUAUUGGAGUUUCAUAAACUCCAGAUAUUAAAUCUAUCAAUAUUAACAUUCAAGAAGAUAUUUUUAUUGUUUUAGCAUCAGAUGGAAUAUGGGAAUUCUUAGAUAAUUAAUGUGUAUAUUCAGUUUAAUAAUCAAGAUUGCUGAACUUGUGUAUCCAUUUUAUCAGAAGAAUGAUCCUUAAGGAGCAUGUUAGAAAAUUAUUUAAGAAUCAGUUGCUGCAUGGAAAGCUCAUAGUGAAGGAAUAGAUGACAUUACUGCAAUUGUUAUAUUCUUUUAAUAUGAAUUGUGAUAAUGUUA